AUGGUCAUUCCUCGCGCGCGAGUCGUCCCUUCGCCGGGGAUUGCGAAUCCGCGGGCUGGCGCUGGCGGCCACUGGUGUCGUAGUGUUUCCGCCCGCACGCGUCUCACUCGUCGCACGCGCUGUGUGAUGCCAGCAGCAGCAGCUUUUCAGGCUCCUCAAAACACGCGUUGUCCCCUCCUCCCUUUCCCCCUCUUCCGCCACCCUCGCCCCCACUUGAACCCCGUCCCCCUGCCUCUCAAGCCCUUUCUCGUCCGAGGGCGGAGUGGGCCGGAUCGCCGGGCAGUGCCCCUCUGCCUGCGCCGCCUCCCCACCUCCCCCACUUCCCCCAUACUCACCUCACCUCCCCACCUCCCCCUCUUCCCCCAUCCUCACUUCCCCACUCCGCUCCUCGCAGCCUCCCUGCGCAGUCAGCAGGCGGGCGGGCAGGGAGCGAACGAGGAUGGGCAGCUGGGCACGGGCGCACUGGCGCACUCAGCAGCGCUGCAGCUGGUGCCGGCGCUGGCAGGGGCGGAUGUGCUGCAGCUCGUGGGCGGCAGCAGGAACUCCCUCGCUCUAACACAGGACGGCCGGGUGUUCGUGUGGGGGUGGAACCAGCGCAGCACGUUGGGCCAUCCGCCCGCCCCCGCCGCCCCGAGAGAAGCCGUCCCCUGCCAGGUGGAGUCGCUUAAAGACGAGAAGAUUGUGCAGGCAGCCAUUGGAGGGUGGCACUGUCUAGCCGUGAACGAGAAGGGCACGGCUUUCUCCUGGGGCGGCAACGAGUAUGGGCAGUGUGCAGCCAAGGUGGCGGACAAGCUGCACGGCAACAAGCUGAGCGCCCGCGACAUCCUCUCGCCCUUCCCCUGCGUGCCCCAGCUGCGCAUCAAACAGGUGGCAGCAGGGGGCACGCACUCAGUGGUGCUGACGAGGGAGGGCGAGGUGUGGGUGUGGGGGCAGCCCUGGCCGCCCGCUGACGCCAAGCAGGUGUGGGUGCCGGCCAGAGUGCCUGGGCUGAGGGGAGUGCGGAGCAUAGCAGUGGGCGCGUUUCACAACCUGGCACUGAAGGGGGACGGCCGAGUGGUGGCAUGGGGCAGCAACGAGUAUGGGCAGCUGGGCACGGGGGACACGCAGCCGCGCUCGCUGCCUGUGGAGCUGCCUCAACUCACCCAGGCUGAUGUGGUGGACAUAACAGCAGGAGGGUGGCAUUCCAUGGCAGUCACUCGCUCAGGACAGGUGUGGGCAUGGGGGAGAGGGGAGCACGGGCGAAUGGGGUUCGGCGAGGAUAAGACAAUCAAAGCCGUACCAACGGUGGUGACACUGCUGGCGGGAGAAACGGUGGUGCAGGCCUCCUGUGGCGGCACACACUCCCUCGUGGUCACGCUUGAUGGGCGAAUGUUCACUUUUGGCAGAGUGGACGACGGAAGGCUCGGGCCAGCAGGCUCGGUAACAACAGGCGACCUGGUCAGAGUCCCUCUCCCAGGGGACCCCGAUGCUACCUUCCACCCGGACGACCACCCGAACCUGCACAGAAGGCUCGGCAGCAUCAGCCGCUCUCUCAGCAACUCCUCUGAGCAGCCGAGAAGCCGGUGGCGGGCGGCAUUUGCGGUGUGUGGUGGGCGGCAUAAUCUGGCAUUAUUGUGUCCAGAGGAGGAUUUGAGAGAGGCGAGCUGCCAUUUGCCAUGGCACGAGGCACAGAAGGAGAGGGAGCAGGGCGGGCAGAAAGGGGGUGAGGGGCAGUUGCAAGGGGCUGGGGGGGCGGGAGCAGCGAGCAAAGGAGGGAACAGUGGAUCGGAAGGGGGAGAUGGAAGCAAGCAGCAGGUUGGAAACAAAGGUGAUGGGGAGCGUGUGGAGGGUGUUGCUUCGGUAGAAGGUAGUGACGAUUAA